CGAGGCUCAGAACGGAAAAAGGCAAGGAAAAUUUUCAUCGCGUUGUUGAACGGGAAUUUUUCGCUCGUAAAAUUGCAAAUUUUUGCAAAAAUAGUGCUUCUACUUGCCUUAAAAUACCGUUAUUUUGUGAACUGUACAAACGGUAACACAUUGUAUGUGUUUUUCUAAAGGAAUCUGCAAAAAAUAGUGAAAAAAAGUUCGAUUUAAGUAGCACCAGUUAGGUGUGUGGUGAAGAAGCAAAGAAGAAGGAGACAAUCCAAACAAAGCUGCAAUCAUGGAUGUCGCGAGGCAACUGCUGGACGAACUGAUGGGUCGGAAUCGUAAUUUGGAUCCUUCGGUUAAAACCAAAGAGCUCAACUGGGAAGACGAGGAGUUCUGUACAUAUUUCAUGGUCAAAUUCUGUCCGCACGAAUUGUUCGUCAAUACGCGGGCGGAUUUGGGCCAGUGCGGAAAGUUGCACGACGAGGAGGCGAAGAAGCUGUUCGACGCGGCCAAACAGUGCCGCAAGAAGAUCCAGUACGAGGAAGAUUUUCUCCGCUUCUGCACCAACAUGAUCAACGAAGUCGACCGGAAGAUUGUAAAAGGCCAGCAAAGACUUCUUCUGAUGAACAGCAAACUGGAGGCUCGCCCGGUUUCCAAGCAGCAGGAGCAGAUCAACACCAUGAACGAGAAGAUUGAAAAGCUGUUGCGAGAAGCCGAGGAAGCUGGAAUCCGGGGAGAUGUGGAUCAGGCACAGAGCCUGAUGCAAAUGAGCGAUCAGCUCAAGGAAGAGAAGGACGAACUGAUCAAACAGCACGAAUCAAACGGAUGGUCCGUCACGGCGGAAUACGCCGCAUCGCAGGAAAAGCAAAUGGAAGUGUGUCAGGUUUGCGGUGCAUUCCUUAUAGUGGGUGAUGCUCAGCAACGAAUCGAUGAUCAUCUUACCGGGAAGCAACAUUUAGGUUAUUCGAAAUUGAGGCAGGCGGUUGAGGAAAUGAUGGAGGCUAGAAAGAAGCCUUCUCCACGCCCUGAUGAGCGUCGACGAGAUGAUGAUCGUAGACGUGACCGACGUCGGGAUGAUCAUAGACCGAGAGAUCGUGACGAUCGCUUCAAGCGGGAUGAUAGGCGCCGCGAUCGACGGGAUUUUAGAGAUCGAGACUACGAGCGACACGAAAGGCGUGAUCGAGAUCGUGGAGAUCGUGAUUAUGAACGGCAAUAUAAGAGAUCUGAACGCCACCGCAGCAGAAGUCGCAGCCACUAAACCAACAGCCCGAGAACAAUCUUUAUGUCGUCAUGAUGCCGUUUCUGUUUACUAGUAGUAGUUUUAGCAGUUCUACGUUCGACCCGGCAAACAAUAAUCGGAUUAAGAGGUAUCCCAAGCUACAGAAAAAAACUUAUAGACAAUUAAUAAUCUAUCAGCCUUUCACCAGGUAAGUCGGUUUGUACAAUAUCAAAAAUCUAAUCGAUCUUUCUUUUGCGUUUUCUUUCAUCGUCGAAUGUGUUUUCUGUGUCAUAUAAUCCUAAAGCGUAAACAUAUCAGAGAAACAUGAAAACGUAAAUGUGAUACAGUUACACUCCAUUCGACGCCAUAUUCGUAUAGGCUGAGGUGUGUCUUGUUGAGGGUCGUUGCAUUUCCCCAAACAGGUUAGUGUUCUCGGAUAGAAACAGACAAAUUGAAGAUCCCUUGCAGGUGAAUCGUGUUGGAGAAUUUGCGGAGAAUUUCAAUCGCAUGACAGGUAUACAAUCACGAUCAGAAAACUACCCUAACGUCGAUUCAAUUAUCCUUCCAGUUAUGUUUCCUUUGGGGUUGAAAUCCUCCAUAGAAGGCGAAGAAGUCGCAUAAAAGGUACUUUUUCCUAAAUUUCAAAAUGUUUCUAAGUAAACAUUUUCUGCUAAACUUGUAGCUCGAAGCUAGAACGGUUGGGUCAACAUCCCUAAGUUGUCCCUUGUCGCGAAUGAUCAGGGAUUACCGUGCACGCGAAUCGCGAGGAUUGAGAGGUACAUUCAGUUGAAUCAAAGUUAUAUUUUUUUUCGAAAGUUUUACUCAGGAUGAUCUGUUGAGAAGUCUUCGGUACCGUAGGCGUGAAGCAGAACCGUGUCGUACUGUCGCUAUCGAAUGUGCCAAUCAUUCGAUGGUAACAGCAACGCAACUCAUAAUACCAGGUAUUUCCUAUCAUUUCUGUGACGUGUCUAAAUCUUUCUGGAGUUUAAACUAUGUUGAAAAUAGAACGGAUUCAGGUCGAAUUGUAAUGAGUUUUGGCUUGUUCUUGCUAUGUACUAUUUUUUAUGAACAUGCUGCAAAGGGUUGGACAAAUAAGCACUUCCGUAAAUAGCACCUUUGGCGUGAGGAAAUAUAAACGCAAAAACUAACUGCUUUAUAGAAGUAUACGUGAACAUGACAUUUGACCAUAGUUUAAUUUGAUAAUUAUGGUUUGCAGGUAUAUCAAGACAUCCAAAAUGUCCAUAAGUAUAGUCCAAGUAUAUCUCCCCAGAAUGUCCAGCGAAAUUUGAUUCUCAGUGAUGUCCCGAAAAUUUCUUCAGGAGUCUUUCCAAAAAAUUCUCUCAGGAAUCGCCCUGAAAUUAUUCAAUAGUUCAAAAUCAGUCUUAGGAAUUUCUCCAGGCAUUUUGUUGUCUGCUGUUCGGAUUUGUUAUUUAACCGCAGACAAUAUUUCAUAUAUUCCUCUCUGGAGCCACCAAAUGUUGAUUAUUGUUUAACUUUAUUUGGUGCUUGUUGCUGUUUUGCUAAUAUUGACUUCGAUUCUCGCGAGGACGUAUAAUGCUUCCUAGUGCAUUCAUUCACGUUGCACCUUCGAGUUUUUCUGCAUUGAAUGGAAUGAUGAUCCGAAAGCAAACAACUGAAACAUAAUUCCUUCGAUCGAACAAAUUGGAUUUGGCCCUCAACUUUCAUUCGUUUGUAGUUGUUACACUGAUACAAUUUAUGAAGAUUUUUAAAUCGAAUACAUGUUAAAUGAGAUAUUUCCUUGUCUAAGCGUGGGUUCUUUCAGCAGUGUUCCUCCCUGGAGCCACCAUAUGUUGUUAGUUCGGACUUCUUACUUAUCCGCAGACAAUCAUCGAUAUCUUUGGGCUAGUAUUCAUCACUUCGAACCUAUGCUUGGUGAAGGAUCUUUGAGAAUCUGCUUUGAAGCAACUUUCGGAUAAAAACACUUAGCAAGAUAAACUUACAACACUGACUGUAUUUCUAAGAAUUGCGACAUUGGAUUUUUAAACCCGUUUUGACCUGAGUCACCGCAUCCCAGCAAGAGUUCCUAAAGUAUUCCUAGAAAUAUCUGCUGAUACUGAGCGAAAUUUCUGAAGGAAUCCUUAAAAAAUACUUUAGAGGUAUCGCAAGAUGAAUUCCUAUAGGAAUACCUAGAGAAAUCUUUGAAGGAUCACAGAAAGGAUAUGGAAUCCAGGAUUUUUUUUCUGGGAUUACUCCAGGGAGUCCACUUGGAGUUCCUGCUGGAAUUCUUUCUGUGAUUUGUCCAGGGAACGGUCCUUCCGAUGAUUUAUCUAAUAAUACCUUCAGAUAUUCAGAGAUUUUUCCAAGAAUUCCUUAAGAAUUUCCCUAAAUGUCUGCAAGGAUUCUUCCAAGAACUCUGCAAAUUCUUGUCGGGAUGCCAGUAAUUCCUGCUGUAAUUUAUUAGUCUACAGUUGUAGUCCUGCUGGGAAUCCUCUUGACAUUACUUUAGGAAAUACAGCUGAGAUUGGUCCAGGACUGCUACUGGGAUUCCUGUAAAUAUUUCUUUCUAACAGAAAUCACCCAUGAGUUUUUCCUAGGUUUCCCUGACCUACACGGAAUCAUCCAGAAAUUUCAAGAGUAAUUAUUGGAGAUAUUCCAGCUGAUAAUCCUUAAGAUAUCUCAGCAAGAGUUCCCGAAAAAAAUCUAGUAGGAUUUGCUGAAGGAAUGCCAGCAGUAAUUACUGGAAAACAAAGAGCCAUUCCUAGAAGAAUCCUUCAGAAGAAAUUUCUGAAGGAAUCAUAGCAGGUAUUCAUGGAGGAACUCAAGAGAAAUCCUAAGGGGAAAUCCUGGAAAAAUUUUCGGAAGAAUCCCAAGGAUUUCUAAAGCAUUUAUUAGAAUUUCUUCAGGAAUUCCUGGAGGAUUUUCAGCAGAAAUCGCUUGAAGAAUCCCAGCAAGAUUUCUCAGAGAGGAUUCCAAUCACGAAAGCCUGGAGAAAUCCCCACAGCAGCCCAGAAGCAAUUCCAACAGAAAUUCUCAAAGGAAUCUGAAGGGGAUUUCCAGUAAAAAUACGGAUAAGAAUUUACAGAAAUAUCAUUGAGAAAUUCAGAAAGAAUCCGUAGAUUAAUAGCAGGGAAUGCUGGAUGACUCUCAUCACGAAUAACUGGAGAAAUCCCAGCAAGAAUUUCCAGAGGUCAUCCCAGAGGAAUUCUUGGAUGAACUCCAAAAGGAAUUCUUGGAGGAAUCUUUGGGAAAAUCCCUGGAGGAAAUACAUAAGGAAUUUUUGAAGGAAACUCAGCCAGGCAUUAUUGAGGAAUUUCCAAGAGGAAUUUGUGAAGAUUUUUUUUUGAGAAAUCCCUAUAAAAUUUACUGAAAAAACUUAUGCAGGAAUACCAGUGGGCAUUCCUAGAAUAGGGCAAAUCCGGAAUGAAUUCUUGGAGAAAUCCACGGAAAAAUGCCAAGAAUAACUCCUGGAGGAAUUUGUGCAGAAAUCUUCAAUGAUGAUGAUCCAGAAAUCUUUGGUAAAAUCCUCUUGGAAUGCCUGAAGGGAAAUUAUUGCUGAGAUUGCUCCAGAGGUUUCUCCUAGUAGGGUCUAGGACCAUUUGGGCAGGAGCACCUAUUUUGGGCACUUGCUACUAUAACUCAGUCAAUUUCAAACUGAUUGACCUGAAUUUUUGAACAUAGCUUGAUACUACGCCUUCCUGAUCGUGUUUCAAAAAUCAAGUCAAUCGGUUCAAAAUUGACUGAGCUAUACUGCCGUGAAUCGCAUAUCAGUCCCAUCUUUGCUGGAUUUCCUAUGCAAAUGUGACUGAUAUGCGAUUCACGGCAGUAUAGUAGCAAGUGCCCAAAUGGUCCCAGACCCUAUUUCUAUACAAAUUCGUCUUGUGUUUUUUCCAAGGAUUUCUUCUUUCUCUUCGAAUGCCAAAAACAUUUCUUCAGAUUUAUGCCUACUAAGAAUUCUUCAGGAACUCGUGCUGGGAUUUCUUAAGUAAUUCAAGACCAACAAUUGAAAAGGCCACAACAACAUUUUGUAAACAAACAUGUUUCUAUCGACUUGAGGCCUUUUGAACUCCACCCACACACCUCACCACCGCUAACAGAAAGCGCAAACAACAAGCUUUCUGAUAGUGGAGGUGAGAUGCGUGGGUGGAUCUCAGAAGGCCUCAAGUCGACAGAAACGUGUUUGUUUACGCAAUGUUGAUGUGGCCUUUUCAAUUGUUGGUCUGGAAUUUAAAUCUUAAGUGUCCUCCAAAUUGCUGGAGGAAUCCUCUUAGAAAUCUUUAAAUAACAGCAGGAAAUUCUGAAAAACUACCUGGAAGAAUCACAGUAGGAUUUUAGUGAAAAUCUCAGCUAUUAUUAUGGAAAUAUUUUCAGUCAAUGGUACUGCACGCAUGGUAAUAAUGACAAUGUUUCAGUACAAUUAAAAGAAUUUUGCAUUCGGUUGGAAAUCGUUGGUGCAGUUCUUAAGUUUACCAAGGAUUCGGUAGAAACUACAACAAAAUGUAUUUCAGUAAACAUAGCAAGACAACCCGAACGUAGUUCUUCUCAAAUAAUUUGACCUGAACUCCGUUUUGUUACUCCAGAAAGCGUCGGUUGUGGGUUGAUUUCGGUUUAUUUGUUGUGCUCUCCUAAUGUCUUCUACUGAAAACGAAAAGAAUGUGGAGUCGGCUACGGAAAGCGAAUGUUCGCAAAGAUAGACCACCGCCGCACGUAUCACAGCUUCGCCACAAUUGUGCAUUAUGAUAAAGGUAAUUGUUCGAACCAUACCCCUUACCUUAAACCAAACGAUGUUGUGUUCAUUUCAUCCAGGAUAUGGAAUGGCCGUUGGGAGCUACGGUGUGCUCUGCUUUGUACAAGAAUUAAUGCUGAUUCUGACUGGGAACAGUCUUGAGGUAAUUGAGCUAGUAUUCAGUAAAUAUAUUUUUUCCACAAUCAGUCGUCAAUUCCGUCGAGUCUCGUCAUCGUUGUAAUGCUGCGCCUUACAAAUAAGUCCAGGGUUCCAUCAGAGUCUUCCCUCCAAAACACACAUUCGAUCGGAGGCGCUCAAAGUCUUCGCAUUGAUUGUUGCCACGCCAAAAGGUAUUUGACAUACGUAUACAGAAUAAUUGCAAACGUUAUCAAUAUGAAAGGUAUUCUUAACACAUUUCAACGCGAGAUUUCGCGUCGUCGCCAAUGAACAGAAAACCAACAUCGCAUAACGAAUGAAACCAUUGCAAGACACAUUCAUUCCCGACAAAAGGUAUUUAUAAGCGCACUAAUUAAACGUACAAAUAGUUUGUGUAAUAUUUUCAACAGGAAUUGUACCUUUUAGAAAUGUAAUUCGUUGAAUGGAAUAUUGAGAAUAUAGUACUGAACGUAACUUGAAUGAAAUCACUCAUGUAACGACAUAGCUUACUUUUCCAUUCAAUGGGUUAUAAUGUUAAUACAACCAGCAAGAGCAGCACUGCGAAAACAAAAAGCGUGUUUUCAACAUCAUCUCUAUCACGAAUAUUUUUUUCUUUUCACUUUUGAUAUUUUCAGGAGUGACCCAGUUUCAUCUUUCGCGGUCGCAGCAACACCGUCUACUUAAUCACGUAGAGUUGAGCAAUAACAUUAGUUUAAUUAUAAUCAAAAAAAACAUUAUAAUCAAUAGUAACUACGUUUCAUAUGCUAACGUAACCAAUUUGAAUGAAAUUGAUCGUAUUUGUGACAAUAGUGCAUACCCAGACGACACGCCAUGAAGCAUCAACGAAUUCCAACGUCGCAGCUGCUAUAGGUGCCCGGACGUAAUUCUGACAUCAGCUACAAACUAAAUCGCAGGUAUCGUGCGUUUUUAUCAUCCCACUUAUUUUAGUUUAAGAUAAAGAAAAACAAACAAAAAACCACAAGUGAAUAACAUUUUAGGAUUGUGUAUGGAAAUGUGAGGCUCUAUUGGUAUCCAAUAAGCACAAUACUUCUGUCUGUAAAAAAAAAAACAAAUGCAAUCGUAGUUUAAUGUUAAGAUCACCCUCUCUAUCUUCAUUGCAACUAAGCUGAAACAGCCCAACAUUAUCCGGUAUUCUUUAUAUAUUUUCAUCAACUUAUAUGUGUAAAUCUUUUUCCUAUUGAGGCGAUACGCCCCUCGUCAACCGUUAUGUUUUUAGUAUUCGAUUCUCCUACAACAAGUUAUACGUUGUAGCGACGCAAACCUACUUAUUUUUAGGUCUCAUGAUGUGUGAUCCAAUAUCAAUCAUUGACAAAAAAAUAUAGAAAAAUAGUGACGGGGUAAGAGACUGUAGCAACAAAAAUUGCAAAUGCAACGAAAGCAAACAUUCUUACGAGUUCAGAAUUCACUAAAAAUGCAAGUCUACAGACACACUAUCACUCUUAACAGUUUAUCGAACACCACUACACUGCAUGAGCUGUGUAAACUUCUAGCGCUGCUACUCGAAUAUGUUGCGCAGUGCGUAUGGGCUUAAGGUUUUGUGUUUCAAUAAAGUACAAUUCACUAUUGGAAUUAAAAAUAA